AUGCCGAUGGACAUCUCCAUCCCGAGCACCUCGGUGUCGAGCUCGACCGACAAGCCCUUCACCAUCUACACGAUCCGCAUCCAGCAGCCGAUCCGCACCAUCACCGUGGCGAAGCGGUACAGCGACUUCGUACAGCUGCACGCGGACCUCACCGCACAAUCGGGCGGCGCGCCGCCGCCGGCGCCGCUGCCGUCCAAGUCGUGGUGGUUCACGCGCACCGUCAACAACCCGGCCAUGACGGAGCAGCGCCGCCGCGGCCUCGAGGCCUACCUGCGCGCCGUCGAGGCCGCCGACGACGGCCGCUGGCGCCACACCAGCGCCUGGCGCACCUUCCUGCAGCUCGGCACGACGAUGCGUUCAUCCCCCUAUUCAGAAAACGGAGGAGCGAAUGGUGUGAAUAGCACAGGGGGUGGUCAUUGGGAGCCUGGCAGGGGCGGCGCCGUGGGCAUCCGCGACCCGGCGACGUGGCUGGCGGUGCACCAGGAGCUCAAGGGCAACCUGCACCAGGCCCGCCUCGCACUGACGCGCCGCGAGCAGGCGCAGACGGCGCAGCAGCAGCACGAGGCGGGCGCCGCCGCCAAGAAGUAUCUGGUGCUGGCCGGCACGCUGAUCUCGGCGCUGGACGACGGGCUGCGGAGGUUGUCAGGGAACGGCGGUGGCAACAACAGGAAUGGGAGGGCUGGUGGUGCUGCGGAUUACGUGGGCGACGCGCCGGUCGAGAAGCUGGGAGAGGGCGAGCUGAGGCGGAGGAGGGACCUGCUGUCCGGCGCGAGGAAGGAGAAGGAAGGGCUGGAGGGCGUUCUGGGUGCCAUGGCCGUCAAGAGCCUCGCUGCUGGCGGCAGCGGUGCCGGCGCCCCCGCGUCGGCGGGCGCCGCGGCGACCCCGGCGGACAAGGCGCACCUCUUCCGCGGCAUGAACGGGGCGAAUGGCAACGGCGCCGUGUCGAAGCGGACCCUGGGCGCGAAGGAGACGACCCGCACGCGCGAGCUCGAUAACCAGGGCGUGUUGCAGCUCCAGCGCCAGAUCAUGCAGGAGCAGGAUGAGGACGUGGCCGACCUGAGCACGGCCGUGCGCCGCAUGCGCGAGAUGGGCAUCCAGAUCAAUGACGAGCUGCAGCUGCAGAACGAGAUGCUGCGUAUGCUGGACGAUGACGUGGAUCGCGUGGACAGCAAGGUCAGGGUGGCGAAGAAGAGGAUCGACAAGAUCAGGUAA